AUGGGAUGCUCCCAGUUAAUGCCAGAAGGGCAGCGACAGACAAAAAGCAAUGGCUUGACCAUGUCCCAGCUGGAGCGGAGGCACCCGAGGGACAUGCAGCCACCCCAGGAGCUGGAUCCCCCCAGCACCCUCAGCACCACGUGCUCCAGGAGAGCUGGGAGGCCACUGCUAGAAAUAAAAGCUCUUCGCAAGGAUCUUUUCUGGUUUGAUUUGACCACACUUGGGGAGAAGAGGAACAGUUUUGGCCCCCCCAGAUGGGACUCCAUUUCUGAGAUCAGACUCCGCUCGUCUCCUGCUACCGCCGGUGGGAAUCGCUCGUCAGACUCCAGCACGUACCAGAUGCCUUGUCCGGGGACUCCCCCGCGAUUUCCCCGGAGGGAAGAGAAAUGGGAUGAAUUACCAUAUGCUGAUCUGUUCUUUGCUUUGCGAGAUUAUUGGAAAAGCUGGAAAGAAUGUGGCUUGGACACCAAUGUGUCAGCUUGGGAAAGUCUUAAAGAGAAACCCUUAAAGAGAUGUUGCUCUGCUCAUAGCAUAGGACAGCGAUGUCAGAAACAUCAGGAUGCUCCAGGAGAGAGGGAAGACGUGCAGGUCUUGGUUGUUCCUAGGAGCGGGGCAACUGACAAUAAUGGUCGUGAAAAUGGGGGCGAAGGAGGUGCACAAGGAGGAGUGAACAUUGAAAGUGGCAGUGAUAAGGAAGAUGAAGGGAGGGAUUUUAGUCCUCUAGCGGGUCAAACACGGAGAGAAGGAGAGGUUCUGCUGGCACCUUCACAGCAGGCAGCAGGACCACAAGAGGAACCGGUGGGUGUUAAGGUUCCUUUUUCAAUGACAGAUUUAGAGGCUUGGAAAGAAAUGGCAGGGAUAUAUCAGGAGGAUCCAGGAAAGGUGGCUAAAGUAUUAGAAACAAUAAUUGAAAAUCACAAUCUGGAUUGGAAAGGAAUUCACAUGGUAUUAGGAUACCUGAUGACAUAUGAGGACCAAAGGGCGGUUUUGGUUAAAGCUAAGGAAGAAGCAGAAAGAGUUCAUGCUCAGGAUGCACAGGGACCAGGGGCAGAUUUGGAAGACUCCCCAACAGAUCCCCUGGUCACUCCGAAGCUGGAGAACGAGGAAAUAAAAUUUUUCAGUGAUACAGGAGCCACAUAUUCGGUAUUAAACACACAUAAAAGUGAAUUGCGUAAACAAGAAAUGCCUGUGAUUGGGGCGACAGGGAGGAAAGAAGUUCCACCUUUCUUUCAACCAAUUCAAUGUGGAAUUAGAAAUAGGAGUUUUACUCACAAAUUUGUAUAUAUUCCUGAUUGCCCGAUGCCUCUCUUGGAAGGGGAUUUGCUAAGUAAAUUGGAUGCUCAAGUAACGUUUGAAAAAGGCAACAACAUCCGUGUGCAAAUCCCAGAAGAAAAAGCCUUGGCGGCGCAAGUUCUUCUGUUACAGAAAGAGACACCCAGGGCCGAGGAGAUUCCAGAGGAAGUGCUGAACGCGGUAACACCUUUGGUGUGGGCUUCAGGGGUUCCUGGACUAUCCAAAGCUGCGGAACUGGUAACAGUCGCUUUAAAGCCUGGCGCUAAACCGGUAAGACAAAAACGAUGUUCAGUUAAGCUGGAGGCAAGAAAAGCAUUAGAACCCUUGAUUGAGAACUUUAUGGCUCAUGGACUUCUGCGAGAAUGUCAAUCAGAAUAUAACAGUCCUGUUCUGCCUGUAAAGAAGCCUCGGACCAAUGAGUAUAGGGUGGUCCAAGAUUUACGAGCUGUAAAUCAGAUUACACAGGAUGUACACUCUGUGGUACUAAAUCCUUAUACGCUCUUGGCUAAAAUUAAAGAAACUGACCAGUGGUUCACUGUCCUAGAUCUGAAGGAUGCUUCCUUUUGCAUACCACUGGAAACAGAAAGUCAGAAACUAUUUGCAUUUGAAUGGGAAAACCCAAGAACAGGAAAAAGGACACAACUGUGCUGGACUGUCCUUCCUCAGGGAUUUAAAAAUACCACAACUAUUUUGGCCAACCAAUUAGCAAAAGAAUUAGAGAGUUGGCGAGAAGAGAAUCCAAAAGUGACUUUGUUACAGUACGUUGAUGAUAUCUUGCUGGGUACAUCGACUCAACAAGAGUCGAUUCAAUUUACCAUCAGCCUUUUGAAUUUCUUGGGGGCUGCUGGAUAUAGAGUUUCUAAGAAAAAGGCUCAGAUUGCUCAGCAGACUGUAAUUUAUCUUGGUUUUACUAUUGCUCAAGGACAACGGAGCAUAGGCACCGAAAGAAAGGAGGCAAUCUGCCAAGUGCCGGAGCCAGCUUCAAAGUGAGAAUUACAAGCAUUCCUUGGGAUGGUCGGAUGGUGUCGCCUAUGGAUCGCCAAUUUUGGACUGGUGGCCAGACCACUUUAUGAGGCUGUAAAAGGUACCGGGGAGCUUCUGGAAUGGACACCUGAAUGUCAAGAAGCCUUCAAUGAGGUAAAACUAGCCUUAAUGUCUGCGCCUGCUUUAGGGCUUCCCAAUAAGGAAAAACCCUUUGAGCUCUUUGUUACUGAAAGACAGCAUAUUGCUUUGGGAGUCCUCGCCCAAAAAUUUGGGUCAUGCAGGCGACCUGUGGGAUAUCUUUCUAAGCAAUUGGACCAAGUGAGUCAGAGAUGGCCGUCUUGUUUGAGAGCAGUAGCCGCUACCGUCUUGCUUGUACAAAAGGCACACAAACUGACUUUGGGACAGAAAAUGAUAGUUCAAGUGCCACACAUGGUAACUGCAAUUUUGGAACAGAAAGGAAGAAAUUGGUUGUCCCCUGGCCAAAUGAUGAAAUACCAGGCUGUGUUACUGGCAGAGGACAAUAUUGAAUUGAAAGUGACUUCAGCUCUGAACCCUGCCACCUUACUGCCCACACCUGGCGAGACCGAACUGGAGCACGAUUGCUUGAGAACUAUUGAACAAGAGAAUUCAAGCAGAACCGAUUUGAAAGACUCACCACUAGACACAGCUGAACUAAGUUUGUUUGUGGAUGGAAGCAGGCAAGUGAUUAAUGGAGCUUGGAGAGCUGGAUAUGCAAUAGUUACAGACACAGAGGUAUUAGAAGCAAACCCCUCGCCAGCUAACACCUUUGCCCAAAAAGCUGAGCUGAUCGCUUUAAUAAGAGCCCUGGAAUUGGCAGAAGGAAAAACUGUAAACAUUUGGACAGAUUCCAACUAUGUAUUUGGAGUAGUCCAUGCCCACAGAGCACUUUGGAAGGAAAGAGGAUUACUUUCGGCACAAGGAACAUCAGUAAAAUAUGGGCAACUCAUUCGAAAAUUAUUACAAGUCAUCAGCUUGCCUAAGCAAGUGUCGGUAAUGCAUUGCAAAGCUCACCAAAUCUGUAACACUCCAGUAAUAAUGGGAAACCGAUGGGCUAAACAAGCUGCAAAAAGGGCAGCUAAACGAUCAAGAUUAGGAAUAUGGCCCAAAAAAUAUGGGGAAUUGAGUGAGCUUCCCAAAUAUAAUAAAGAAGAAAAUCGGUUAGCCCAGUUACUGAAUGCCCAAAGGAACCAGGAGGGGUGGUGGAUCACCGAAGACAAUCGAGUAAUACUACCUUCAGUGAUUUUAAGAGAAGCUAUAGCAAAAAAGCAUCAAAAUACUCACUGGGGAAUACAAGCUGUGUUUGAUAAUCUAAAAUCACAAAUCUUGGGUGUAGGAAUGGGAGGAAUAGCAAAGAGCAUCGUGAGAAAGUGCGAGAUAUGCCAGAAAAACAGUCCUCAGGUGCAACCCAGACAACCUCCCAGAACAAUCCACAAGGGAAACACACCUGGUGAUUAUUGGCAAAUAGACUUUUCUGAACUUCCGAGGCAAAACGGGUAUCAGUAUCUCUUGGUAUUCAUGGACACUUUUUCUGGGUGGCCAGAAGCUUUCCCUUGUCGCACCAACCAGGCAAAAGAAGUAGUUAAAAUACUCCUAGAAGAGAUUGUCCCUAGGUUUGGCAUUCCUAUAGGGAUGUCUUCAGACAGAGAACCCUGUUUUGUAGCUAAGAUAAUACAAACGCUAGCAAAGGUGUUAGAAAUUCCAUGGGAUUUACACACUCCACAGAGGCCACAAUCUAGAGGUCAAGUGGAGAGGAUGGAUCAAACAGUUAGGAGGCAAUUAAACAAGGUUUGUCAGGAAACUCAGCUGAAAUGGCCAGAUGCUCUCCCAUUAGCGUUGUCGAGAGUUAGGAUCACUCCUAAAUCUAAGGAGAAAGUUAGCCCGUUCGAAACGCUGUACGGGAGGCCUUAUCGAACUGCAAACCAUGAACCAGCAUCUGAGGAAAUCAUUGGGCAGCAAUACCUUAAAGAAUAUGUCAUGUUUUUUGGGGAAAGUUCUAUUUUCUCUUCAAUCCAGAGUACCUUUGGGUCUGGACACUGCUGGGCACAGCUCUCAACCAGGAGACUGGGUUUACCUGAAAACCUGGAACGAAGAGCCUUUGGAAGAAUGGUGGCAAGGACCUUUCCAAGUCCUUCUGACAACCCACACAGCAGUGAAGCUCGAUGGAGCAGGACCUUGGAUUCACCACACUCGAAUCAAGGAAGGAAUCCCCCCCCAGAUAAGUGGACUGUAAAACACUGA